CGCGCAUCUGAUCUCGGGGUCGAGCAGAGAGUCAUUUCACAGAGAAGCAGUAGUGAAUGUGUCAGAUCUUCACCAGAUCUGCAGAAGCAGCAGUGAAUGCACAGAUCUGUGCAGAAGCAGACGCAUGGCGGGAGCGCAGCCGGGGGUUCACGCGCUCCAGCUCAGACGCGUGUCGGUGACCGAAAGCCUGAGGACCGGCGACAAAUUCAUUAAAUGGGACGACGACUGCACCACAGUUACGCCGGUGAAGUUGCGUGUGGAUCCGCGAGGCUACUUCUUGUACUGGACUGAUCAGAAUAAGGAGACCGACCUGUUAGACCUCUCGCUCAUCAAGGAUAUGAGAAAUGGGAGAUUUGCCAAGACGCCCAAGGAGGCCAAGCUGCGAGAGCUGCUGGAUGUGGGGACUCUGGAGGGGAAGCUGGAGAACCGGACACUCACAGUGGUCAGUGGUGUAGACAUGGUCAGCAUCACCUGCCUGAACUUUACGGCCUUCAGUGAAGAGGUGGCCAAGGAGUGGGCCGAAGAGCUUUUCAGCUUGGCGUCAAACCUACUGGCUCAGAACUUGUCCAGAGAAUCCUGUCUGGAGAAAGUGUACACCAGACUGACACUACAGCUGACGGCCGAGGGUGGGAUUCCUGUGAAAAAUAUCUUCCGUCUGUUCUCGGCUGACAGACGGCGGGUUGAAAACGCUCUGGAGGUCUGCGGCCUGCCGGCGGGACGAAAUGACACCAUUCCUCAGGAUACAUUUACAUCUGACGUAUACCGACAGCUCCUGAACAACAUUUGUCCACGAAACGACAUUGAUACAAUCUUCUCAGAAAUUGGUGCUAAGAUCCGGCCGUACCUCACCGUAGAGCAGAUGACAGAUUUCCUAAACAACAGACAGAGAGACCCUCGUCUGAACGAGAUCCUGUACCCGCCCCUCAAAGCCGAGCAAGUGCAGGGAUUAGUGGAGAAAUACGAGCCUGACACUAUGCUCUCAAAAAGAGGGCAGAUCUCAGUGGAGGGCUUCAGCAGAUAUCUGAGCGGAGAAGAGAACAGUAUCAUCCCUCCAGAGAAGCUGGACCAGAAUGAAGACAUGACGCUGCCGCUCUCGCAUUACUUCAUCAAUUCCUCACACAACACCUACCUCACAGCGGGUCAGCUGGCGGGAAACUCGUCUGUGGAGAUGUACCGGCAGGUUUUGCUGUCUGGCUGUCGCUGUAUAGAGCUGGACUGUUGGAAGGGACGCACCGCCGACGAGGAGCCCAUCAUCACACAUGGCUUCACCAUGACCUCAGAGAUCUCCUUCAAGGAAGUGAUUGAGGCCAUCGCAGAGAGCGCCUUCAAGACGUCUCCGUUCCCUGUCAUCCUGUCCUUCGAGAACCAUGUGGACUCUCCCAAACAGCAGGCAAAGAUGGCUGAGUACUGCCGAUCAAUAUUUGGAGAGGCAUUGCUCACAGACCCACUGGAGAAAUACCCUUUGGAGGCCGGGGUUCCUCUGCCCAGCCCCAUGGACUUGAUGGGCAAAAUCCUCAUCAAGAACAAGAAGAAUUCCCACAAAGCCGACGGCAGCACCAAGAAGAAGCUCUCAGAACAAACGUCCAACCCCUGCAGCGACACGUCCAGUCUGUGCGAGCCCUCGUCUCCCAGCGCAGGGUCCACACACCAGGAGACGCCAGACAGCGCUCAUGCAGGAGGAAAUGCGAGAGGAGAGAGAAGGCUGCAGGGAAUGAAUUCCAUUGAUAAAACGAGUGGGUCGCUAUUAAAUAACACAUCUCUGGCCGAUGACAAAGGGGAAGCAGACGCAGAGAGUGAUGCGGAGGAAGAGAACGAUGAAAGUAAGAAGUCCAUGGAUGAGGGGACGGUAAAUGAAGCCUUCGCCACAGAGGAGAUGUCCAACUUAGUCAACUAUGUUCAGCCUGUUAAAUUCAACUCCUUCGAGGCGUGCAAAAAAAUCGAUCGCAGUUAUGAGAUGUCGUCGUUUGUGGAGACCAAAGCGCUGGAGCUGCUCAAAGAAUCGCCGGUGGAGUUCGUCGAGUAUAAUAAAAUGCAGCUGAGCAGAAUUUAUCCCAAAGGAACUCGAGUCGACUCCUCCAACUACAUGCCUCAAGUCUUCUGGAAUGCCGGAUGUCAGCUGGUCGCUCUGAACUUCCAGACCAUAGAUUUGCCCAUGCAGCUGAAUCUGGGCAUAUUUGAGUACAACGGGAAAUGCGGCUACAGACUGAAGCCAGAGUUCAUGAGACGGACAGACAAACAGUUUGACCCGUUCACUCAGAAUACAGUCGACGGGAUCGUAGCGCACACGCUGUCUGUGAAGAUCAUAUCCGGUCAGUUCCUGUCCGAUAAGAAAGUCGGCGUUUACGUGGAGGUGGAAAUGUUUGGCCUGCCGGUGGACACCAAACGGAAAGCGUUUAAGACCAAGACGUCUCAAGGCAAUGCCGUAAAUCCGGUUUGGGAUGAAGAUCCAGUGGUCUUCAAAAGAGUGGUUCUUCCCACACUGGCGUUAUUGAGGAUAGCCGUGUACGAAGACAACGGGAAGUUUAUCGGCCAUCGCAUCAUCCCAGUAUGUGCCAUCCGACCCGGAUAUCAUUACAUCAGUCUGAGGAACGAGAAGAACCAGACGCUGACGCUUCCGUCCGUCUUCAUUUACACCCAGGUCAAGGACUACGUUCCAGACACCUUUGCAGAUGUGAUCGAGGCCCUGUCGAAUCCCAUCCUGUACGUCAGUCUGAUGGAGCAGAGAGCCAAUCAGCUGGCAGCUCUGACACAAGAGGAGGGAGCACAGGAGACCGACAGAGAAGAGGUCAGUGGCGGUGGAGAUCCUGUGUCAGAGGUCAAGACUGACCCUAAUACCGCCGCAGAGAACGGGCUGAACCAUGACAGCAUCUCGCCCAAAUCAUCUGUGGUCAGUCACCAGAUGUCAUCCUCAGGGUCGGUCAAACCUGCUGUGAAGUCUGAGGAUGUGGUCCAGAGUGUUUUAACAGAGGUGGACGCUCAGACUGUAGAUGAACUGAAACAGAUGAAGGGUUAUUUGCGGGAGCAGAAGAGGCAGUACAAAGAGCUAAAGGAGCUCAUGAGGAAACACAACAAGAAAACCAACGAGCUGAUUAACGAACAUGCGUCCAGACAGAAGCAGCUGCGCAGGUCUGUGCUGCACAAGAGGAGCGUGUCGGAUCAGGAUCUGGAUCUGGAGAGAUGUGAGAAACUGCAGCAGCAGCAGCUCCUCGCUCUCAGACAGGAGCAGUUCUACAGCGAGAAGUACCUCAAACGAGAGCACGUCAAACUGCUUGUUGAGAAGCUCACGGCUAUGGCAGAAGAGUGUCAGAGUAACCAGCUGAAGAAACUGAAGGAUCUGUGUGAGAAAGAAAACAAAGACUUGAAGAAAAGGAUGGACAAGAGACGACAGGAGAAGUUUCAAGAAGCCCGAACGCUGGAGAAGACUCUGACUGAGGAGAAAAAGAUGGAGAUGAACAGAUCACACGUGAACGAGGUGGUGCAGUCCAUCAAACGGCUGGAAGAAGCUCAGGACAAACGUCUGGAGAGAUUGCUGGAAAAACAUAAAGAUAUUCGACAACAAAUCCUGGACGACAAACCAAAGCUUCAGAGCGAGCUGGACCAGGAGUAUCAGGACAAGUUUCGGAGGCUUCCAGUAGAAAUCCAAGAAUUCGUGCAGGAUUCUGCUGCUUGUAAAGGCAAGUUAAGCCCAGACAGUGACUUUCUUCCCAUUUCUACAGUGACGGGGAAGCUCAAGCACGUGGCCCUCUCUCCAGCUGAAGAUGUGGAGGAGCGAUCCUCAGAGAAAGUCUUCGACACGCCGCUCUGAGUGUGUUGCACCUUUGUUUUUGUACUUCAUACGCUGUUGAGUUUCCCUGAUUUAAUGUGCACCUUUUAGUGUGAAGACUGGAUGACUUACUAGGAAAAUGUUUAAAAUAAUUGUUCUUUUCUUCUUACUCUUAAAACGUAGUAUUCACAAGAACUCACUGCUUAUGUGGAUUUAAAUAUGUGAUUAGACGGACUCUUGUGUAUGUUUAGAUGAGUCUUGCUGUCACUUUUGAGCAGCUCUUUUAAUAUGAAAUUUAGGCUCUGCUUAGGUCACAUAUGUUGUCAUGAACCAUUCUAAUACAAUUUAGACUUUGUAUGAAUGCAUUAUAUAUAUAUAUAUAUAUAUAUAUAUAUAUAGAAACACAUGGAUAUGAAACAUAAAGGCAUCAAGUGAUUCAUUUGCUUGCAUGUUAUUGUACAAAUAUGUGAUGUGGAAGGAAAACUUUCUUUUUACAAGUAUAUGAAGAUUUACAGUUACAUUUAUGCAUUUAGCAGAAUUACACUGCAUUCAGAGUUCACAUUUGAUCAGUUCAUUCAUUCCCUGGGAAUCGAACCCAUGACGUUCACUUCACUAGCGCUCGGUGUACUGUUACAACUGCAGGUUGAUGUUUAACAAAGAUUCUUAUGUGCCACAAAGAGGAAUAUUUGACCACAAAUACACUGUUUUUUGGACUACUAACAAAAUGUUUAUGGCCCAAAACAAACCAUAACUGACCACCAACUGGACCAAAGUUUUCAAAUGAAGAUGAACUUUCAUGUCAAUAAUACACUGUCAUUAAUGUAAUGAAUGUGUUUACCGAUGGAAGAAGUGAAGGUGUGUGUGAAAGACUCGCUGCCAGUUUCUGAGGUUCUUUUAUAGUGUUUACGAGACAACACUAAACACAUCUGAGACACACAUGAACAGCAUCUCGAGUCUCUGAACACGUUUACCUUCUCUAAUGCAUCAUGUGUAAACUGGUCAUUGUAAUAUAACAGUCUGUGGGCGUCUAGCGCACUGAGUAAAGCUUGUUGACUAGCAGUAUUUCAGAGAAAAAUUACAGUCAUAGAGACACCUUCACACGCUUUUCACUUGAAGUUUCUCCACACUGAUGUUGAUGUACGUGAAGCUUCUUGAAAUCAGGUCAAGUGUAAGCGGGUUAUAAAUGCCUGUGGAUAAAAUAAAUGUUGCUUCUGUCUAAACGUGUCAUAUGCGG